AAAAAAUUAUGGAGGAUGAGAGUUCAGAUUAUAUGAGUGUGUCUUAAUAGGUUGCAGAUAAGCUUAAAAGACAAGCCCUAGAUUUCAAAAUACUUAUGGAUUCUUUUUAAUAGAGAUUUCAAUAAGAUCAAAAUGAUCAAUUUUAUAUUUUAAGCGUGAAGUAUUUUUUUUCCAAUAUUAAAGAUGGCUAAAUUAAUGGAAGGAAUAUGUUUCAUAUGAAGAAUUAUUGGCUAACAAGAACCCAAGCAGAAACUUUGGAAAACUAAAUAUGGAUCUAAUAAACUUAAAUUUAGAGGAUAAAGUUGAUAGGUGCUUAAAAUAUUAUCCAAUAAAUACCCAUCCUUGGAAUACGUUCAUGAAAGAGAAUCUCUAAGAAAACAUUGAUUAUAUUAUAGUAGAUAAGGAAAUUUGGUAAUUCUUCACAACAUAUUAUCAUGGCACACCAAUUGUGAGAAUGUCAAAUGGAACAGGAACAGAGAAAACAGUCGCCGUAAAUCUAUUAAAAGUAUUUCUAUACCACUAUUCUUCGAGUUUAAAAGUACUUUGCUUUACCCUACAGUAAUCAAGCAAAUUGCACUGGAUAGGGUUCUGAAAUAAACAUUUGGCAAAUCGUAUUUACAAGUUGAUCGAAGCAUGAAGCUGAAAGACUAUUACAAUUUACUCCAAAAGACUGUUCCCACAUUCACAGGCAGUUUCGCAAAAGAUGACAACGUCCGAAUUUGGAGAUAUCAAACAGAUUAGAAGGAUAUUAACAAAGCAUUAUUUGCAGAUAUUCAAAAGCAAGUAGCAGCUUUAGAGAACAAUGAUGAAAUGAGCUUUGAUUUCGUUGGCGAUUAUAUCCAUUAUUCAAUAUAUGAAACUAUUGAAGAUGUAGGAAUCCUGGAUAAUCAUUUGAUUAUUAUAGAAGUAUUAAUAGAAGUUAUCUAAAUAGUUUAAAGAUGAGAGUAAACCUUGGUGUAUUCGUAAUAAAGCAGUUUAGGUAGAAGGAAAGUGUGAGAAUUGUUAAGUAGUCAAGGUUCUAAAUCACCCUUGUGUGUGUAGGAAAGUAGCUUAUUGUUCAUAAGAAUGCAAAGCUAAAGAUUACAACUACCACAGUAUGAGAUGUGAGAAAUUUGGAUCUGAUGAUGACACUAUCAAAGGUUUGACUUAACAACCAAACUCUAUCGCAGGAUUGGCUGGUCUGACUAAUUUAGGAAAUACUUGUUUUAUGAAUAGUGGCACACAAUGUAUAUCAAACACUGUCCCAUUAACAGAGUAUUUUUUGAGUAAUCAAUAUUUUGAUGAAAUUAACAUGGAUAAUCCUAUAGGAACUAAGGGUUAAUUAGUUAAAAGAGUGGGAUCGCUAUUAAAAAAGUUAUGGUAUGGAGAGAAAUCAGUUGUAACACCAACCAAUUAUAAAAAAGCAGUGGGUUAAUUUUAACCUAUGUUCAAAGGGUAUCAUUAACAUGAUUCAUCUGAACUGAUCACUUUUGUUUUGGAUGGCAUUCAUGAGGAUUUGAACAGAGUGAAAAGGAAACCAUAUGUUGAAACCAAGGAUAGUGAAGGUAGAACAGAUUUUGUUGUUGCCAAAGAAAGUUGGACUAAUCAUUUGGCCAGAAAUCAAUCUAUCAUUGUUGAUCUUAUGUAUGGAUAAUACAAGUCUACGUUAAAAUGUCCAAAAUGCGCUAGGUUGUCUAUCACUUUUGAUCCUUACUUGAUGGUGUAAUUGGGAAUUCCAAGUUAGAAGAAAAGAACAAUUUCUUUUAAAUUCUUUGAUUCCUUCUUCAAUUCAACAAUUAAAAUUAUUCCAUUUGAUAAAAAUAAGAAUAUAUCAUUGAAAGACUAUUAUCAAGUCUUGGGAGAGGAAUUGAAAGUUAAACCUUAAAACUUAUUUGCUUAUAUUGCUAAUUAAUACACAUCUUUUGAAUUAUUAAAGGAAAGUAGAUCCAUAGUUGAAAUAAGAAAGAGCGCCAAAAGAUCAUAAUUAUGUUUUAGGGUUCUUUUAGAUGAAGAAGCUUAAAUAUCAAAUAAACUUCCUAUUUAAUUUUCAAAUAAAUAUCAAGACUUUUCAAAGACUUCAUAUUUUUAGAAUGGAUUCUUUCUAUUAGAUGGAUCCAAUACAAGAAAAUAAAUGCAUCUCCAAAUAUUCUAAUAUUUGAAGCCCCUUUUUACUGAACACCAAAAUUUGGACUAUGAAACUAAUGUAUUAAAUAAAGUAUCUAUUGAAUUUAUUCAUUAGUAUUACAGUCUUUUAUACAAAUCUAACAGCAAUUAUUGGAAUCCAUGUUCUUAUUGUUCCUCUAAGAAUUGCAAUGAUUGCGAAGUGAAAUUUGAUGAUGAAAAACUAGAGGAAGCGAAGAAAAAAGUGGUUACUUCUGAUUCUUAAGGUCUUUUUGAAAUUAUUAUAUUAUGGAAAGAAACCCCAUAUAAUAAUGUCAAACUAGGCGAUAUUUUUGAUCAUUAUAGAAACUAAAAUAAAACUCAAGGUAAUUAUUUAUUCCAAUUCCUAUAGUUGAAUAAUCAUAAUAAUAAACUACUCCACUCCAAAAUCAUGGUCAUUCUAAUUAACAUUCUGGUAGUGUUACUUUAGCAGAUUGCUUGUAAUUCUCUCAAUAACCAGAAUAAUUGAAUUCUGAAAACACUUGGUAUUGCAAAGUCUGUCAAGAACAUGUCUAAGCUUAUAAAAGUAUGCAAAUUUACAAGGUUACUAUUUAUAUCUCAUAUUAAUAUAGGCUCCGUAAAUAUUAAUAUUCACUUUGAAACGAUUUAAGGCUUCCAAUAGAAUGUUUAAAUAAAAGCUUGAAACUUUUGUAGACUUCCCACUUAAUGGACUUGAUAUGACUGAUUAUUUAAUCAAUUCAAAAACACCUCAGGAAUAUGAAAACGAAACUGAAGAUGACAAUGGAGAAAAUAAUAAACAACGGGUUAUUUAUGAUUUGUAUGCUGUAUCAAAUCAUUUUGGAGGUCUUGGAGGCGGCCAUUAUACAGCUUGUGCUAAAAAUAAAGUAUUCAUAAUAAAGUUAUGAAAGUUUACGAAAAAAUGGUAUAAUUUUGAUGACUCCCAUGUUGGAGAAAUAAGUGAAUAAUAAGUUAUUACAAAAUCAGCCUACGUUCUUUGUUACUAAUUAAGAACCGAUGAAUCAAAGAAUUCUUAAGGACAAACCAUCUAAUAAGAAUGAG